AUGGAUGAAAUGCAAGAAGAGUAUGAGAGUGCUGUCAGCAAUAAGAGAUGGGAUAAGAAGCGAGAAUGCUAUGUCAACAGAAAUGGUGAACCUGUUGUUCCCAAAAAGGACAUAGUUUUUGAUGAUGUUCUUUUGGAAGUUCCUCGAUCCAUUGAGUAUUAUACAAAUAUUGGGAAAGACAAAACAUACGUAAAAAAAUUUGAAAAACACCUUAGAGAUGUUAUGAUUUCAAGUUUGAGGAAGAGGGAUGAAGAAAGAAUGAAGAAGAGUGUUGAUGAGAUGGUGAACGAUUUGAAAAAGGUCGCUGAGGAAGUUAAAGUUGAAGAAGUGAAAGUUAUUGAAAAUGAGAAGAUUGUUGAGGAAGAGAAGGUAGAAGAAAGAGUUGUUGAACAAGAAGCUGUUACAGAAGAACAGCAAGUUGAAGAAGUUGAGGAGAAGCUAGAAAGUUCGGGUGAAGUGAAGAGUGAUGCUGGUGCUGGUGAUGAGAAAAAGAAAGAUGCUGAUCAAUCGGAAGUUGCAGUAAACACCGAGGUGCCAAUCACUGAGCAACAGUAUGAAAUAAAGCAACAAGUUGUAAAUCCUUAUAUUGAGGAUGUUGAUAAGCUUAAGUGUCAGAUUGCUGAUUUAGAAUAG